AUGUCCUUGGUAUCUAGCAACGUCUUCUUUCUCAUAGCCCAUGAUUCCAACAAGGACUGGGACACAGAAGGGGCUGGGUUUCUUUCGACCUUUCUGAACUUGACGGAAUCAAGCAGCAACCAAACAACGAACGCUGGAAACUCGAGCGCCACUCUAUCUUUAAGUCGGAUAUCCGCGCCAAGAACUUCUUCAACUAGCACAUUUAUAACUACCACCCUUUCAACGAGCGUUAAGGCCGCGAUAAUAUCGACCUCAGAAUCAAUCAGAACCACAAUUACCUCCGAACUCCCCGCCACCAUCACUUUAUCAAGCACCCUCUCGACUCUCAAAUCAAGCAUAUCAGCAACCUCCUCCCAAACCUAUUCACCUGUCUCUGCGUCCUCAUCUCAAUCUACGCCAACGGCCGUAAAGAUCCCACGAGAAAUCACCAUUACUCUUGCCGUCUUCCUAUCCAUCCUAUUCUUGUCUAUCGCUCUCUCUUUCUACAUUAUUUACCGCCACAAGAAACGCCGACGCUAUAAUAGACAGGUAUCCUGGAACGCCUUCCUCUCACGAGUCCGCAGCGUUUCCACUCGAAGCUCGAAACACAAAACUACCAACUCUCUCACUCCUGACACGUUAGCCCCAGAAGUGCGAAGCUAUCGAUGGACCGGAUUUAAUAGGACGAGGAGGAAGAAGAGCAUGUAUGAACUGGACGGGACGGGCAAUGUCCCACUUUUUGAACUACCAUAA